UCGGACGAAAUUUUUUCUCGAAAUUAGAACUGCAGUUUUAAUUAAAUUAGGACCUAUCGCGGCCAAGUGAAACCCGGAUGGCCGUUCGUGCAUAAUUCUGGUGCGUGUUCCGUAUGCAGUUAGGUUGAUUCCGGGUGCAGCGAAAGCAGCGAUUUGCGGUGAGAGUCAUCCAAAAGGAGAAGAUCAAUGUUUUGAUUUCGGGGGCUUCCUCGGGUUAUUAUUGUGUUGGUGGAUGUUUUCGCGACUUUGACCGCGGAGGGAACUGGAGUGGCACGGCAGAGGAGGCGGCGGCGGGGGUAAUGACGUGUUGUUUCUGGACGGAUCAGCAAAAAAAGCAGCAGCAGCGACGGCAGCAGAAGCAGCUAGCGGUUCCUUAUGAGUACACAAACAUCAGCCGCCAGCACCAGGCUAGAGCAGCAGCAGCAAACAGGUUCCUUGUCCAAAUUUAGUAGCAUCGGUUCCGAUUACUGUCCAGCACCACCAGUAGCAGCUCGUGUCCGGCCCCAGCUUGGCAAUGCAGCCCGGAAAGUGACGAAAAUUGCCGCUGCUUCGGAUGAUAAAGAGGUGCAGAAUAAUGCAAAACUCGACGACGACCUGCGAACCGGCAACGACGACGACGACGUCGAUAGUAAGCCAGAGUCAGGCAACGUGGAACGACGACUGCAACCAGACGCGGUCGACCUGCGGCAAAACAUUGAGAAUUUAGACCAGAAUCAGCAGCAGCUGCCAAGUCAGCCGAUUCUGCCAAAUCAGCGGCGCUACAACCGGAUUAGCAUGAUCAUUUUCUACGGUCGGGAGGCACUGUGCGUGCUGGCACUUAUUUUGACCACGUACGCGUCCAUCCAGAACAGCCCCCCUCGCAUCUCCAAAGCCCCCCCACCCGCACCAUUCUUCUCCCGGGGCUCCCUCGUCCACGACUGGCCCUCGGGUGCGCUCGGUCCCACCCAGACGCGCGUCUCCCAGUCGGAGCUCUCGCUCGUCUUUUACUACGCCCCGUGGUGCGCCGAAAGCCAGCAUGCCCGCUCGGUGUACGACCACGUGGCCCGCCUAUACUACCGCGAGGCUCACUUUGCCGCCAUCAACUGCUGGCAACCGGGCGGCGAGUGCCGACUGCAGUACUCCAAGGUGCAAACGUGGCCGGUGCUGAUGGCGUACCAGCCGAACGGGAUGGCCGUGCAGUUUCACGGCGCGUGGACGAACUCGGCGCUUGCGCGCUUUGUGCAGUCGUUGAUCGAGCCGGUGCAUCGGAUGACGGGGCCGGGGGAUUUGAUGAGUUUUAUGACCGGGAAGGAUGCGGUGGUGGUGGCGUUUUUGGACGCGGAUUUGGACCGGAGGCAGUAUAGUAGAUUUUAUCAGACGGCGCUCAAGUGGCUGGAGAAGGAUCCAUUUCAGGAGGUGGCGUUUGGGGUGGUGACCGGGGAGUCGGUGGACGCGUUUGGGGUUGAGUUAGUGCCGACGAUUCAGCUGUACCUGUGGAAUGAAACUAUUCAAUACCACGGGAACACCUCGUGGACCACGCCCGAGGUCACCGCCUGGAUCAACAAGCACAUCCAGGUGGUGUCGAUGUGGAUCGCCCCACCGGGCUCGUCCAAAUCUUCCUCGCUGGCGCCGUAUUUUGCCCAAGGCCCAGUCCUGCUGCUGUUCAGUCCUCGUUCGCUGUACGGCCCAUCUUCGUCGGACGCGUACAUGAUGCUGCGCCAGCUGGGCAUGCAGUACUACAACUGCCGGGGCGACCUCUGGGUUCAGGAGAUGGCCACCAAGUACAUCGCCGAGCAGCGCCGCGUCAGCGCGCAGUUGUAUAGCGAGUUGCGCGAGGAAUGCAACGCCCUGCUGAAGCGACAUCCGGCCCAGGAAGAGGAGGACGCGGUGGCGGCCAAGGACGGCUGCAGCAAGUCGUCGGCGAUUUCGGUGUCGUUCGUGAGUGUGCUCAACUCUUCCAAGUUUGCCGAGGGAAAGCAGAAGCAGAACGUCGCGGACCAGAACGGCUAUUGUGAUAUUGAGUGCGAUGCGAAGUUCUUCGAGUGUGGUGGAGUUGGGGAAGAUCGGGGAGGGUGCGCUGCCGCGAGGGCAAAACGAAAACAUUCCGGGUUGUACGGUGAAGGUGCGCGAAACAACGACGACGAGGAAGGCUCGAAGCCAGUGAGUUCGAUGCUGGACGCCGAACAGGACUAUCGCGGUCCAAAGCUGCUGCGCAGGUUCAACUCGCGGCGCCAGUGCGAACUGCUGAGGCUCAACGAGCUGGACAAUAGUGAAGUGUUCUUCCACGAAAGCGAAGACAACGCGGGAGUCUAUCUCGACCUGGUGAAGGGACUAUCCUGCAAGUACAACAAAACGUUGACCUUCCUGGGCAUGGACAGCUCCCUGUACCAUGCCUUCGCCGAGCGACUCGGCGUGGACGUGCUCAACGAGCCCAACCAAUCGGUGGCCAUCAUUGUGGAUCAUGAGGACGAAUCUUCAUACCUGCUGCGGCGCAACAUCAACCUGGCCUCGAUGGCCAAGCUGGUGCACGGCUUCUACAACCGGACGUACGGCCGCUUCCGGCGCUCGAGCAACGUCUCCUUCGCCAACACGCACUCGUUCAGCAUGCACGAACUGCGCCGGGAAAGCCGCCGCAUGGUGGACUCCAAACGGUCCGAACUUGAGCUGAUGGCUCAACAGCAGAGGGAGGCAUCGAACGAGGAAUCGGCUUCCAAGGAGCAGCAGCAGCAGCAGGAUGCCAAGCAGUCUAACGACAGCGUGCAAGUUCAGCACCAUCAGCACCAUUCGGUGCGGGAAAUCAAUGCUCACAACUUUCACCACGUCGUGGUGAACUCCAAUAAGACUGUCGUCGUUCACUUCUACUCGGCGCACUGUGCCUUCUGCGGGGUGCUCUCGCAGCAGCUGUUGACGGUGUCGCGGCUGCUGCGCGCCCUGCCCCGGCUCGAGUUUGUGCGCGUCGACGGCGACCGGAACGAUCUGCGGUGGGAGUACAGCAUGGACGCGUUCCCGACGCUGAUCAUCUUCCCGAACCAGAGAAAAUCCGACAGUCGCGUCUUUUCCCGCCAGCUCCAGAUGACGGUUCCGAACGUGCUCGGGUUCAUCCUGUCCAACCUGAGCCCACCGGAACGUCUGCAUGCCACCGCCAUCGUCUGCGAGCAGCAGCAGCAGGUAAGUUCUUCCCCUCAGGCCCGGGACGACUGCCUGGGGGCGCUGAAGCGUGAACUCAGCGACAGCAUUUCGCUGAACCUGCGCCUGUACCGGGUGGCCACCGGCCAGCGACCGGUCCGGGCCGCCCGCAUCCUUCAGCGGUUGCAGCUGCUGCAGGAGCUUUAUCUCGGCACGCUGCGCUGCCUCAGCCAUUCCUGUGAUUUUAACCAGUUGAAAAGCAGUGCUAAAACCAUUCUCAACCUGUGGCAAAUUGCCGCGUGAGGUCGCGAAAUUGUUUUUGGUUUCUUUUUUUCGUUUUGUUUCGGAUUCCGUGAUGCAAACCGGAUGUUAGUGCAUGAAUUUUAUACUUAAAACUAUUCUGCCAGGGUCAACAUGUGGCAGAACGCUAUUUUACCACUACUAAUUGUUCGACUCCUGUUGUUUUUUUUAGUAGAAUGUAAUACAAACGGAUAACUUACUGCAACACUAUUUCGCGAUCUCGUAGUAGAUAUUAUUUCUUAUCAAAGGCUAGAAAAAUGCAAGCUCUCGCUAACAAAAGUGUAGCUGAUUAUGAAAAAAUAAAACAAAGAUUGGCUUUUACAAGAAAAGAGGCCACCAAUUUGCAAUCAACGUUUGUUACUUUAGCGUUAGAAAUACUCUAGCUAUAACAACUGAAUUAUCAACUCAACAAACUGUACACAUUCACGCAUACAAGUUGAAUAGUAUGCACGUGGUACGUUGCGACGUUGAAUCUAUUGAGAGAGAAAGCAAAAAAUAUCUAGAAUUUUGUAAUUUGCGUCGGAGCGGCCCCGAGCAGAAGUGAUUUAAAUAAUAAUAAUAAUAUAUUUUGUUUAUGAAUUAU